AUGCGUUUUGCAAGCUUGACGUACAAUGCCAGCAGCAUGAUUGGCCACAAGCUCGAGGGCCCGUUGCCAGCCCACAUUGUGAAGGUUCUGGAUCUUGUAGUACAUUUGAAUCAUGCUAGACCGAUGUCAACAGCAGCACCGGCGGCGGCACCGUCAAAGGUGCCCGUUGGAGCCCGGAAGGUUGGUCUGAAGGUUGUCAUGAUGAGUCCUGGUUUUGUAUAUGAGCCGUACAGCCCACGGGAACGCAUUCCCUUCUGGAAAAGAUGGUUUACACUAAGUGGCUGGAGAAGGACAAAGGAGGACAUCAUUUUGGAGAUGAAGAACGCAUAUGCUGUUUCAAGGCUGAGGAAGAAAACUGGGUAUACCAAAAAGCAAUUCUAUGACCAAGCAUUAAAAAUAUACAAGGAGGUUAACACUCUGAUGGCACAUGGAGACACAUCAUCGCUCCGGAAAAUUCUGACCGAGAGGAUGCAUUCUACUAUAAAAAAUGAACUAAAGAGAAGACAUUCCAUGUGGAAUUCUGUACACUGGGAACUGGUGGAGCCUGCUGUUAGUAUCAGAACUUUGAGGGCUCGCAUGAUUGGCCUCGAUAAGAAUGACCUCGAUAAAGCUUUUAUACAGCUUACACUUGAGUUUGUUACAAAACAGAAAUUUGAAGCCUAUAAUUCAAAGGGUGCAGUUGUGUCUGGAGACAAGUCAAAGGAGGUACUUGUGAAAGACAUUUGGGUGUUUGAGAGAAAAUACAGGUUUUCUGUUUAUGCUUUUGUUAGAGAACUAGCUUUUGGAGGGCAUAUUGACCCCAUUUGGAAGAGUUUGCAUAUCAUCAUCACCAUCAUCAUCAGGUUUCAGAAUUCAGAAAUAUACUGCCCAAUGUGUGCGACAAGGAAAAGCUGGAGCUCUUUCGUCCAUGGCAUUCUGCUCAUGCUAUUCGUACGCCGAUCUUCUCCUGCAUUGGCGUGUGACCUGGUUGACACUAUUCUGAACAUUCAUCCUGUCCUGCUGAACGCCCGGGCUUCGCUCAGCGACUGA